AUGUUUGGGGGGAGCACCAGCAUCAACUUCAAUCCUGAUACGGAUAUCCCUGCAUUGACGGGUAAGGUGAUCUUGGUCACAGGAGGCAACAAUGGACUCGGCAAAGAAUCAAUCUUGCAGCUAGCAAAGAAUGAGCCUGCUGAGAUCUGGAUGGGGGCCCGCAAUGCCGAGAAAGCACGCACGGCCAUCAACGACAUUCAGAAGGAGAUACCUAAAGCAGUGUCUAUCAACUUCCUCCAUAUGGACCUGGGAUCCUUUGCAAGUAUCUCCAAGGCCGCAAACACCUUCAGAAAGCAAGCAUCGCGCCUGGACAUUCUGAUGCUAAAUGCUGGCAUCAUGAUCACGCCUGCUGGAUUGACCGAAGAUGGAUACGAGAUCCAAUUUGGCACCAACCAUAUGGGGCAUGCCUUACUCACCAAACUAUUGCUGCCAACUCUUAUCAACACUGCCAGCCUGCCAGACUCCGACGUUCGCGUUGUUGUGCUUUCAUCCGAAGCCCAUAACAUGGCGCCAAGCGAAGGCAUACUAUGGGAGACACUGAAAACAGAAGCCAAUGGCAUCGCUACCCGCGCUCGAUAUGGACAGAGCAAAUUGGCAAAUAUCCUUCACGCCCGGGAGCUCACUAAGCGAUAUCCCAAAAUCAAGGCCGUCUCUGUCCACCCCGGCAUGGUGAAGACAAACUUGGGCCAUGAAACAGCCAGCCAGAGCAUUGUGAUAAGAACCGCCCUAACUGUUGCUAGAGCAGUUGUUGGCGUAGACGCCGCUACUGGAGCGCUGACUCAGCUAUGGGCAGCGACAGGGAAAGGCGUUAAGGCUGGAGAGUAUUAUGAGCCUAUCGGUAUUACAGGCCGUGGCAGCAAGUGGACCACGGAUGAGGAACUAGGGGUUAAGCUGUGGAAAUGGACCGAGAGUGAGAUUGAGGAUUAUAAAGUGGAGAAGUAA